ACUUACAAAAUGUUUUUAUAAAAAUUUCCUUCAAAAAUUUUCCGACCUACUCUCGUCUCUCUCAACACAUCCCCGUCGCCAAACAAGUUUCUCACCGCCGCUCUGUCUCUGCUACUCAAGGCGUACUAGAAAAUUAAAUGAGUUUUUAGACAAUGAGGUUUCAAAGUAAAGAACCAAGCUUAUAAGUUGAGAAUAUAGUGGAUGAUGAUGGUGAUGUAGUGGAGGAUUUUAAUUAGAAAGAGUCUGAAUCUGGGACUAACAGAGCCAUCGAAGAACGUUGUAUGUAAUCGGGAAGGCGUCAUCGAGAAAUUGAGACGGGAAUGGAAGGUAUGCCACACCCAAUACCGAGAACGGUGGAAGAGGUCUUCAACGACUUCAAGGGCAGACGCUCUGGCUUGAUUAAGGCUCUCACAACUGAUGUUGACAAGUUCUACCAACAGUGUGAUCCUGAGAAGGAGAACUUAUGCCUAUAUGGACUUCCAAAUGAAACCUGGGAAGUUAACUUGCCUGUCGAGGAGGUGCCUCCUGAGCUUCCAGAGCCAGCAUUGGGCAUAAACUUUGCUAGAGAUGGAAUGCAGGAGAAGGACUGGCUAUCAUUGGUUGCAGUUCACAGUGAUUCGUGGUUGCUUGCUGUUGCUUUCUAUUUUGGUGCACGAUUUGGGUUUGGAAAGAAUGAGAGGAAAAGACUCUUCCAGAUGAUAAAUGACCUUCCGACCAUAUUUGAAGUUGUCACAGGAAAUGUCAAGCAACUGAAAGACCAAUCUGCAAAUCACAAUGGCAGCAGCAAAAGCAAAUCAAGUGCUAAGUCUCGCCAAUCUGAACCCCAGGGUAAGAUGGUAAAGAUGUCUCCACCAUCUAAGGAUGAGGAUGAGAGUGGGGAAGAAGAUGAGGAAGAUGAUGAACAGGGUGCCACUUGUGGUGCAUGUGGGGAUAGCUACGGCACUGAUGAAUUCUGGAUUUGCUGCGAUAUCUGUGAGAGAUGGUUCCAUGGAAAAUGCGUGAAGAUUACACCUGCAAAGGCUGAACAUAUCAAGCAGUAUAAGUGCCCAAGUUGCAGUAGCAAGCGGGCUAGGGUUUGAAAGUAGGUCCAGAAAUUGGACUUACAUUCUGUUGAAACGAAGCAGGCAUGGUUCAUAGAAUUGUAGUUACAGUUUGGAAGUAAAACAGAGUAGCCCGUUUUAGUUGAUGAAUGAAUGUCGAUGACUGCAGAUGGGAUUUUUAAGUUUUGCUACUCUUGCAUUUACUCUGCUUAAUUUCGUUGGGAAUUGUGUUUUAAACUCAUGCUGGCAGCUAGAAAUAUAAUAUAUAUAUAUAUAUGUUGCUGCAGUCUUUUUGGUUUCAUCUGUAUGCUUAAUUUUUGUAACUCUUUUUUGUUGUUUUGGGGAUUUUGCAUUUAGUGAUGAUGUCUUGGGCAGGGUCAAAGAUUGAAAUUUACGAACUAUAUGGUGGUUGGAUUUUGUUUUUUGUUUUGUUUUUUGAAAGUUAUUCAUUCAAGCUAGAUUUGGAUUAA